AAAGGGGGGAGACAGAGAGGGAUUAAAAAAAAAAAAAAGGUUAAGACGCGAAGACGCAGCUUCCCACAGCUAUUUCCCAAAAGGGAGCCCGAAGCCAUCCCCCCUCCCAGUGCUCCUCGUGUUUCUAUAGUAAUUUCCAGCCAAUGAUCAGUAGGUGUCCACGUCCCAGCUUCCUCACCUCAGCAGCAAUCAGCCACACACAGCGACAGGAGAAGCGGACCGAGCUAACACUCGGCUGCUACACACAAUACACCCCGAACCGAGAGGAAACACCUAACCUUGCGUAACACUCAUUCGGCUCAGCGGCACACUGCUAAUCGCUGCCGUCGCCCCCCUUCAUUUCUGCUCUCAGUUUCUUACUUUUUGCGAAUACGGCCGUCAAUUUUUUUUAAAAAAUGAACCUUUUGUUUUGAGCGCCUACGUUGUUCCUUCACAGAUCUUGCGUCCUUUUCCCCCUUUCGUCGUUGCAGCGAUGCUCUAUAUUUGCAGACUGGCAGCGUCUGGGAUCUCUUUUCGUCAGGAAACGGCGCCAGAAAGGAUGCCCCGGAGGAUAAAGUCUUGUUUGUAACUGACCCCAGUUUGACGAAGGAGAGCACGACCCCGGACUUUGUUUGUGAAACCCCCGAACAGUUCUGGCCAUGUCGAAUAUGAACAAUGCCCUUUGUGUUGAGACCGGACAGGGCGCUGACGUCUCCCUGCUGCAGAAGGACAACCUUCAGCUGGACUCCAGUGGAUUAAACUCCGUUUUGGAUUACAAUGCGGAAAUGGAGAGGUACAGGUCCUUCGCCAACUUUUACAAAACCAACGGGGCGUUUCCGCAGGCCGCCAAGAUCGCUCGCAUCACCACGCCGAUUUUUCCCAGCGCCAGGAUCGGCGUGUCCCCGUGGAACUGCGAUAACGCCAUGCUCUGGGGAAGGAAAUCAGCGGCAUUAAACCCUAAUAGGACCGCCGUGCACCGAAACGAGUCCCAGCGGCCGGGGAAGCCUGGCCUGCCGCCAGAGGCUCUGCAAAUGGCGAAUAAUAAUUUCCUCGGCGCCUUGUCCCCCGAACACUGCAGGCCGCUGGCGGGAGAGUGCAUGGACAAGCUGAAGUGCGGCUCGGCCGAGGCGGAGAUAAUGAAUCUCCCGGACCGCGUCGGGACGUUCUCCGCCAUUCCGGCUCUGGGCGGCAUCUCGUUACCUCCCGGGGUCAUCGUCAUGACGGCGCUGCACUCCCCAGCGGCGUCGUCGGCCGUCUCCGACAGCGCCUUUCAGAUCGCCAACCUGGCGGACUGCCCGCAGAGCAGCGCGUCGGCGUCCGGCGGCAACGCGGCCGCCAAGAAGAAGAGGAAACGGUGCGGGGUGUGCGCCCCCUGCAGGCGGCUCAUCAACUGCGGCGUCUGCAGCAGCUGCCGCAACCGCAAGACCGGCCACCAGAUCUGCAAGUUUAGGAAAUGCGAGGAGCUGAAGAAAAAGCCGGGCACGUCACAUGAGCGAGCGCCAGCCAAUGGGGGUGAAGCAUUCCGGUGGUUCUUCUAGGACUCUUACCCUCCACAGCAUUACCCAGAAAGCACUUGGGGGUCUGAAGGGGCCCAAAAAUCCAGCUUCUGAGAAGGAAAAAACGAUGUAAAUGAAAACAUGGUGUUGGUUUAACUCUGUAAUUUCCUUUUUCCGUGUAAUUAAUGUACCUUUUGACAGUAUCAUAAUGUACAGUUUGGUGUCAAUAAAUGUGUUUUAGUGUUGUGACUGUACGGAGAAACAGUCAUGCUAAUGUAAAUGACACAAAAGACAAUCAAGACAAAGAAACUUAAAACGGAAAUGGCCACAGUGAUUAACAACCAAUUGCAACACAAUACACUUUAUAGAUCUGGAGCAAUAACCUUAAAAGUGACUACUGUACUCUUUUUUUUUCAUUUUAUUGAUUUAUAUUGAAAUUGUGAAGUAUAUAUUUCAGGUUGUUCCCCUUUUGCGCUAUCUAUGUGUGGCCCAUGUUUUCAACACACUGCAGGAGCAAGCCCUCUUUAAUUAACGAGCUGCUUCAUAACUGAAAAGGCACGAGAGGACAACUGCAGUGAUUCAGUUUGUUUAUUUUGUUUGCCAGUCAGCACGCUGCAGAGCAAGGCACAUUGUCUUGCAUGGCACGUCGCGGUUUUGCAGAGGAGAACAUAAUUACCCCCUUUCUCCGGUGCAAGACUUCCAGUCAAUAUAUAUUUUAUUGCACUGUCUACGUCUCGACGAGACGCUAAAAAUUGUUGAAAUACGUCAGCCAUUAAUGGAAGGAGAGACAUCGGAAGGAAAAAGCUGUAAUUAUGCUUAUUCUGGAUUAAUUAAUAAAGACUACAUGACAAACAUAAAAUAGCCGGUGGGCCCUUCAAGAAUUCUUUUGUUGUCGCUUCAAAAAAAGCUGUUGAAAUUGUAGGUAGAAAUACCACUAUUUCUUUUUACACUCUAAUUUAGCAUUUAAUAUGGUAUAAUGGAUUGUAAUUUCCCUCAUGCACAGAUGUACAUGAUUUGAAGAAAUGUGUUGAAGAAAAAAGUUAAGUACACAUUCCAAAUCAAUUAUUCAAUAAGUUACUCAUUGUCUUAACCCUAAUGUUGCAUGUAUAAAUGUGUUUUGGUUUUAAAGAUUAUCAAGAAUUUGUAUAUUGUUGUUGUGAUGCUUUUAUGUGUUAAAUAAAAAAAAGAAAGCUAAAAAAAAGUCAUUUGAUGUGAAUUAAUAAUGGAAAUAAAUUUUUACUCUCACAUGUACAAUUAAACAUUGACUAUGAUUAC